UCGCACGGCUUAAAUCAUCACGUGCGAUGGACAGAGACGAAAGAGAUCGCUUGUUUGGUCGCGUAUGCCUAUUUUUCUCCACCGAAGGCGACAAACAAGAGACGUCGCUGUCGAUCGCUCAUCGAGAACAAAGCCAGAUAAGAUUCAGCCUCGUUCGCUAACGAAUCGUUUUCGCAGACAGUAAUCAUCUAUUUCGCCCAAGUUCGGCCGCACUUUAAAUCGUUCGAAUUUCUCGAGGUCGAGUUCGGAGUGCAUCCGUGGAACAACGUCGCGUUAUUCUACAUUAGCAGAUACGCGCGUUCACGAUCUACGCUCGAUAUCUUCGACGGACGAUACAUUCACGCAGAUUCGUGUUCUCUCGAGAUAAUCUGUGACUGAAUUUUUGUUCAUUUUAUUUGACUGUGUUACAAUAAACUUGUUAAACAAACAUUCCGCGGAAUUAGUGAACUCCUGUCACACGCCCCAGUCCUUGCCGUGAUCACCGAGUGGUCACUUUUCACGUCGCACGUUCUCUUCCGAACGGAAUCAGCAGUCAGUGACGGAAUCCGAACACGAAAGUUGGAUCUCGCACAUAGUGACUUCUAAAAGUCAAAAGAUGCCACAAUGGCCAAAAUCUGUGAAUGAAGAUACUCAUAAUGACUUCUCAACAUCUUCACCAACAUCUUCGACUAGUGUACGUAAUAAAGAAGAAGAAAAUUUAGUACAGUCGCCAGUUUUAGAAACGCAACAAGAGAUAGAGAAUGUAAAAAGAAAUGAAGAAAUUCUAAAACCAUAUCAAGAAAGACUUAUAAUUCUAACUGCAGGAAAUACAAGAAUUUUGGUGAAAAUGGUUGCUGCGCUACAAUUACAGAUGAAAAGUGUAAUGCAACGGAUCGACAGGAUUACACCUACAGUGAAAAUAAUUUCUUCGAUAGAACGAAUAAAAAGUUAUUUACCGUUGAAAUCGAUCGAAGAUAUCCAAAACAUAGAAACUCUUUUACAAGAAGAAGAUUUCGUUAACGAAUAUGUAAGUAUAAGAUUUAAAUAAAGAAAUUGUUAUUAGAAUUUGCUUCCGGGUUUGAGCCUAUAUAUAUAACUUGACC